AUAUGUUUAGAUGAGGUUAAACAUCGUGCUGAAAAUGUUUUCUUUUUUUAUGCUAAUUUACUUUUGACUAAAAUUCAUAUAUAAUUAGUUGCUUUAUAAUUAACAUGAUUCGUUCCUCGGCUCCAAGCCAAAGAGGUAAACGUCCUUUGCUUUUGGAUGUAUCUAAUACUGUGGAAUUAGUGAAACCAACACAACCCAUAAUCAACCAACGUUCCAAAAGAGUAUGUAGAAAUAAUACUAAAAAUAUACACAUCCCUGAGCAUAAGGCUGCGACACUUUCUGAUAAAGAUAUUUCAGCCACACAAGGUGUAAUAUCUGAACAUGAAGAAAGAGUCAGAAAAUUAUUAAGUAAACCAUUUAAAAUACCAAUUCCUGGAUAUCAUUUAUCUGGACGUACACUUGGCAUACGUUUAUCUGGUCCAAGAGUGGCUUUACAUGACCCAAAUGAAGCUAAUGCAUUAGUAGUUUACGUACCUCCUGAAUUAUCAGAACACGAAAGGAUAAAACUAGAUCCGUCCAAACAACUUGUACAUGUAGUUGUUGAUCCCUUACUAUGCAAUAUUCUAAGACCACAUCAACGUGAAGGAGUAAAAUUUAUGUAUGAAUGUGUGACAGGAAAACGCAUUGAAAAUGCAUAUGGAUGUAUCAUGGCAGAUGAAAUGGGUCUUGGCAAAACUUUACAAUGUAUUACUCUUUUAUGGACAUUGUUAAAACAAGGUCCAGAAUGUAAACCACUGAUAGAAAAAGCAAUUAUCGUUGCCCCAAGUUCCUUAGUUAAAAAUUGGUACAAUGAAAUUUUUAAAUGGCUUAACAACAGAGUUCGACCAUUAGCGAUAGAUGGUGGAAGUAAAACUGAUAUUGAUACCAAGCUUACAGGUUUUAUGAAAACUUAUGGACGAAGAUGUGCUAAUCCAAUUUUAAUUAUUAGUUAUGAAACAUUUAGAUUACAUGCACAUGUUUUACAUCAAGAUGAAGUUGGCCUUGUAUUAUGCGAUGAAGGACAUCGUUUGAAAAAUUCAGAAAAUCAAACAUAUCAAGCUCUUAUGGGCCUAAAAGCUAAAAGGAGGGUAUUACUUAGUGGAACACCUAUACAAAAUGAUCUCUUGGAAUAUUUUUCUCUCGUUCAUUUUGUAAAUCAAGGACUUUUAGGAACAGCACAGGAGUUUAGACGAAAAUUUGAAAUACCAAUACUUCGUGGUCAAGAUGCUGCAGCAACAGAUAAUGAACGUAAAUUAGCUCAAGAACGAUUGUCAGAGUUAGUGACUAUUGUUAAUAAGUGCCUUAUUAGACGUACUAGUGCCUUACUUUCAAAGUAUUUACCAUUAAAACAUGAGCUAGUAGUUUGUAUAAAAAUGGGAAAAUUGCAAACAGAUCUCUAUAAAAAUUUUAUACAAAGCGACAGCAUCAAAAAGUCUAUGGAAGAAAACAACUCUGAACCUUCUAAAAAAGGUGGAAGAACACUUUCUGCAUUGUCUGCAAUCACAUUAUUGAAAAAAUUAUGUUGUCAUCCUGAUUUAGUAUACGAUAAAAUACUAGAGAAAUCAGAUGGAUUCGAAAAUGCUUUGAAAUUAUUACCAUCAAAUUACAGUACAAAGGAAAUUUUACCUGAAUUAUCAGGAAAAUUUAUGGUAUUAGAUUGUCUCUUAGCUUCCAUUAAAUCUACAACACGUGACAAAAUAGUUCUUGUAUCUAAUUAUACACAAACAUUGGAUCUAUUCGAAAAAUUAUCUCAUAAACGUUGUUACAAAUAUGUGAGAUUAGAUGGUAGCAUGUCGAUUAAAAAAAGAUCCAAAAUAGUAGAUAGUUUCAAUGAUCCAAACAGUGAUGAUUUUAUAUUCAUGCUAAGUUCUAAAGCUGGUGGAUGUGGUUUAAAUCUUAUUGGUGCAAAUCGUCUUGUCAUGUUUGAUCCAGAUUGGAAUCCUGCAAAUGAUGAUCAAGCUAUGGCGAGAGUUUGGAGAGACGGUCAAAAAAAACCAUGUUUUGUUUAUCGUUUUCUUUGUACUGGUACAAUAGAGGAAAAAAUUUUUCAACGGCAAGCGCAUAAAAAAGCAUUGAGUUCAACGGUGGUUGAUCAAGAAGAUGAUGUUGCAAGACAUUUUACUUUGAACGAUCUUCGUGACUUAUUUAAGUUAGAAGAAAACACGGUUUCAGAUACACAUUCGAAGUUUAAAUGUACAAGAUGUGUUAAUGGAAUAGAAGUAAAAGGUCCACCGGAACAAUCAGAUUGUAAUUCUGAUUUAUCAGAUUGGCGACACAGUCAAAAUCCUAGACAUUUACCAGACAUUCCAUUACGACAAUGUUGGUCUAGUGGUAUUUCAUUUGUUUUUCAUCAUCGUUCACAUGAACAAGUAAAAGAGUAACUUAUUAAGAUUAUUUAAAGUUAUAUUAA